AUGGCGACGAAAGGGAACCCGGGAGAUAAUAGAAAUAACAAAGGUCCAAUGUCGAUUUUCAUUGUAUUUGCUUUGUGUGGUUUCUUCUAUAUAUUAGGUUUGUGGCAAAGGAGUGGUUUUGGAAAAGGAGACAGCAUUGCUGUUGAGAUUACUAAACAUACAGAUUGUAGUGUUCUUUCUGAUCUAAACUACGAGACUCACCAUGAUGGUGAGGCUGGAACGGAUGAUGAUCCAAACGAACAAGUCAAGGAGUUCAAGCCUUGCGAUGAUCGCUUCAUUGAUUACACGCCUUGCCAUGAUCAAGCAAGGGCGAUGACGUUUCCGCGAGAGAAUAUGAAUUAUAGAGAACGGCACUGUCCUCCUGAGGAAGAGAAAUUGCAUUGUCUCAUAGCUGCUCCUAGAGGGUAUGCAACGCCGUUUCCUUGGCCUAAGAGUCGCGAUUACGUCCCGUAUGCAAACGCGCCUUACAAGAGCCUCACAGUUGAGAAGGCUGUGCAGAAUUGGAUACAGUAUGAAGGGAAUGUUUUCAGGUUUCCUGGUGGGGGAACUCAAUUUCCUCAGGGUGCUGAUGCUUACAUUAAUCAACUUGCAGCUGUUAUUCCAUUGGAUAAUGGGAUGGUUAGAACUGCAUUAGAUACUGGGUGCGGGGUUGCUAGUUGGGGUGCUUACUUGUUUAAGAAAAAUGUUAUUGCAAUGUCAAUUGCACCAAGGGACUCUCAUGAAGCGCAAGUUCAAUUUGCUCUGGAAAGAGGUGUUCCGGCAAUCAUUGGUGUUCUUGGAACAAUAAUGCUUCCUUUUCCUUCCGGAUCUUUUGACAUGGCACAUUGUUCUCGCUGCUUGAUUCAAUGGGGUGCAAAUGGUGGAUUGUAUAUGAAGGAAGUUGACCGAGUUCUUAGACCUGGUGGUUACUGGAUACUUUCUGGUCCUCCGAUCAACUGGAAGAACAACUUCCAAGCAUGGCAACGCCCUGAGGAUGAGCUUAAGGAGGAACAAAGGCAGAUUGAGGACACUGCUAAACUUCUUUGCUGGGAAAAGAAACAUGAGAAAGGUGAAAUUGCAAUCUGGAGAAAAGCAUUAAGCAAUGAUGAAUGCGGUGAGCAAGAAACUCAGCCUACAAUUUGUGAAUCCGCGAAUUCUGAUGAUGUCUGGUACAAGAAGAUGGAAAAUUGUGUAACUCCUGCUAAACCUAGUGGUUCAUGGAAGCCAUUCCCAGAGAGAAUAAAUGCUGUUCCUUCGAGAAUCACCAGUGGAUCUGUUCCUGGUGUAUCUGCAGAGUUAUUUGAGGAGGACAACCGAUUAUGGAAGAAACAUGUGAAUGCUUACAGGCGUGUCAACAAAAUCAUCGACUCGGGGAGGUAUCGCAAUGUGAUGGACAUGAAUGCUGGUUUUGGAGGUUUUGCUGCAGCCAUAGACUCUCCCAAAUUAUGGGUUAUGAAUGUCGUGCCUACAAUUUCUGAGAAAGGCAGCCUUGGUGUUAUAUUCGAGCGAGGAUUGAUUGGCAUUUAUCAUGAUUGGUGUGAAGCCUUUUCCACAUACCCAAGAACCUAUGACCUUAUCCACGCAAAUGGUGUUUUCACCUUAUACAAAAAUGCGUGUAAUGCAGAAGAUAUUCUAUUGGAGAUGGACCGCAUCUUACGGCCCGAAGGAGCGGUUAUAUUCCGAGAUCAGGUGGGAGUGCUGAAGCAAGUUAAAAGAAUUGCAAAAGGAAUGAGAUGGAAUACCAAAAUGGUGGAUCAUGAAGACGGUCCACUGAUUUCAGAGAAGGUCUUGUAUGCCGUCAAGCGAUAUUGGGUUGCCGGUGACAACACCACAAGCUCAGGGUAG